CGUGCGGUGUCGGGGUGGGACGCGGGACGACGUGCGGUAGGAGGGAACGACCGUGCAUCGGGCGUGGGGUGAGGGCACGCACGCACGCAGUCAUGGCGCAGAACGCCAACUCAGACUUCGUGGAGCGCAAGGAGGGCAGCCAAGUUCUGCACGUGCGUGAGAAUUCGGACUCGCUGAUGAACUCGUUAUUCGACUCUGUGCUGAAGAAGCAGGAGCCAAGCAUGCCGCUGACCGUGCCGCUCAGCAUGCGCAAGCUGCCCAAGUCGUUCUUCAACCCUCCUCAGCACGGCAGCAAGUCCCCGUCUGUCUCCCAUAGCCGCAACUCGUCUACGGACUCGACGCAGGCGACUCCGGCGUUCGGCGCCGCCCCGGCCCAGGGCAACCACCUGCGGGCGCACUCGUCGCCGGCGGCGCUGCAGCAGCCGUACGGGCGGCCCAGCAGCACCAGCAGCAUGCGCACCUCAAGCAGCAGCUACGACUUCACAGACGGCCUGGGCCCACUGCCGGACGGCUGGGAGCGCGCCUGUACCGCUCAGGGCCUCACCUACUUCAUCAAUCACGUGACGCAGACGACCACCUGGGAAGACCCGCGGAAGAAGCCCUCCCAGGGCUCGUUGGCAGGCCAGCCAGGAGCGGCCAGCUCGCAGCCUGCCAGCGCGCCUGGGGCGCCCCCGACCGCUCCCGCCGGCCCCGCUGGCGCUGCCCCUGGCGCGCAAGAAGCGCCGCCGCCGCCUCCGCCGCCCUCGCAGCAGCAGCAGCAGCAGCCGCCGGCGGCAGCGGGCGGCCAGGCGCUGGGCCCGCUGCCGGACGGCUGGGACCGGGCCGAGACCGAGGAGGGCGAGGUGUACUUCAUCAACCACCAGACGCGCGUCACCUCCUGGUUCGACCCCAGGAUACCUGAGCAGCUGCAGCGGCCGGCCGCGCUGCAGCUGCAGCAGGCGGGCAUGUCGCCACAAGCGCUGCAGCAGCGGCAGCAGUCGCUGCGGCUCCAGCGGCUGCAGGUGGAGCGGGAACGACUCCGGAUACGGCAGCGGCAGGUUAUGCAGCAGCGUGUGAUUGGGCCGCCGUUGUGA